GUCUUCCGUACUUCCUGGAGGAGCCUGAGGACAAAGCUGUGCCGGCCAACACCCCCUUCAACCUAAGCUGCCAGGCCCAGGGACCCCCUGAUCCCGUGAACCUACUCUGGCUUCAAGAUGCUGUUCCCCUAGUGCCCAUCACAGGCCACAGCUCCCAGCACAGGCUGCAAGCUCCAGGCCUGAACAAGACUUCUUCUUUCUCCUGUGAAGCCCACAACGCCAAGGGAGUCACCACCUCCCGCACAGCUACUGUCACAGUGCUCCCCCAGAGGCCUCACCAUCUCCACGUGGUUUCGAGACAGCCCACGGAGCUAGAGGUAGCUUGGACCCCCGGCCUGAGUGGCAUUUACCCGCUUACCCACUGUAACCUGCAGGCUGUGCUGUCUGACGACGGGCUGGGUGUUUGGCUGGGAGAGCCAGACCCUCCAGAAGAGCCCAUCACGUUGCAAGUAUCUGUGCCCCCCCACCAGCUUCGGCUGGAAAAGCUCCUUCCUCACACCCCAUAUCACAUCCGGGUAUCCUGCACCAGCAGCCAGGGCCCCUCGCCCUGGACCCACUGGCUCCCUGUGGAGACCACGGAGGGAGUGCCCUUGGGUCCCCCCGAGAACGUUAGCGCCAUGCGGAAUGGGAGCCAGGCCCUCGUGCGUUGGCAGGAGCCAAGGGUGCCCCUGCAGGGCACCCUGUUAGGGUACCGGCUGGCAUAUCGAGGCCAGGACACCCCCGAGGUGCUUAUGGACAUAGGACUAAAGCGAGAGGUGACACUGGAAGGCAAGGACAACCACUCCACCAUCUGGGGUGUACUGGUGCUUGCUUUUGUCCCCACUAGAAGGACAGGGUUCCACGUGGUUCUGUUCAUCCCUCACCUUCUCCCUUCUCCCUCUAGGGAGGUGUUCGAGCCAACCAUGGAAAGAGGUGAACUGGUAGUCAGGUAUCGUGUCCGGAAGUCCUAUAGUCGCCGGACCACCGAAGCCACUUUGAACAGCCUGCGCAUCAGCAAAGAGCUGAAGGAGAAACUACGAGACGUCAUGGGAGAUCGGCAUAAGGUGGCCUUAGGGAAGACACUGGGCGAAGGAGAGUUUGGUGCAGUGAUGGAGGGCCAGCUCAACCAGGAUGACUCCGUCCUCAAGGUUGCCGUGAAGACAAUGAAAAUUGCCAUCUGCACAAGAUCAGAACUGGAGGAUUUCCUCAGUGAAGCUGUCUGCAUGAAGGAAUUUGACCACCCCAAUGUCAUGAGGCUCAUUGGUGUCUGUUUCCAGGGUUCUGAUCGAGAGGGUUUCCCAGAACCUGUGGUCAUCUUGCCUUUCAUGAAACAUGGAGACCUACACAGUUUCCUCCUGUAUUCCCAGCUCUGGGCCCAGCCAGUGUUCCUGCCCACUCAGAUGCUGGUCAAGUUCAUGGCUGACAUUGCCAGUGGCAUGGAAUAUCUGAGUACCAAGAGAUUCAUACACCGGGACCUGGCUGCCAGAAACUGCAUGCUGAAUGAGAACAUGUCCGUGUGUGUAGCAGACUUCGGACUCUCCAAGAAGACCUACAACGGUGACUACUACCGCCAGGGGCGCAUUGCCAAGAUGCCAGUCAAGUGGAUUGCCAUUGAGAGUCUGGCAGAUCGAGUCUACACCAGCAAGAGUGAUGUGUGGUCCUUUGGAGUGACAAUGUGGGAGAUCGCUACCCGAGGCCAGACUCCCUAUCCAGGAGUGGAGGACAGUGAGAUUUACGACUACCUGCGCCAGAAAAAUCGCCUGAAACAGCCUGUGGACUGCCUGGAUGGCUUGUAUGCCCUGAUGUCCCGGUGCUGGGAGCUGAACCCUCGAGACCGGCCAAGUUUUGCAGAGCUUCGGGAAGACCUGGAGAACACGUUGAAGGCUCUGCCCCCUGCCCAGGAGCCUGAUGAAAUCCUUUAUGUCAACAUGGAUGAAGGUGGAAGCCACCUGGAACCCCGAGGUGCUGCGGGAGGAGCGGACCCCCCAACCCAACCUGACCCGAAGGAUUCCUGCAGCUGUCUCACUGCGGCUGAGGUCCAUGCUGCUGGACGCUACGUCCUUUGUCCCUCUACAGCUCCGGGACCCACCCUGUCUCCUGACAGAGGCUGCCCAGCACCCCCAGGGCAGGAGGAUGGAGCCUGAGACAGUCUUCCACCUGGGACGCCCUCUCAGGAUCCAAGCUAGGCACUGCCACUGGGGGAAACCUCACCCCCUCUUUGCCGCUCCAGGCCUUUCUCCCCAACUGCAGCAUGGCCUUCUCUCCCUUCUCAAAUUCAGCACAGAAAGACGUGCUGCACAUAAACAUCCUAUCCAUAAAAAGAAGGGUUGGGCUGCAGUGUCGAAGGAUCUUCUCAGAUCUUACGUCCCAACAUUCUAGAUUCGAAGGUUGGAGUCUAGAUUUCAAGGUUCUAGGUCUCAGAGAUGAUACGAGUCCUUGAUGCUAAGGAACUGAGAUGCUGGUUUCUAGGUCUAAUGUGCUCUUGUUGUAGACAUGGCCCACUGUCCGAAGGCUCUGAGAUUCUGUGGCUCUAGAUUUUUCUGGUUCUCAAAUUCUUGGUGAUGCCCCCAUGGUUUUCGGUUGUACAGCUCUGCGAUCCUGGAAUCUAGACUUUAUUUUCCUGGAGCCUGAGGCUCUCUAUAAGUGGAAGCUUCUAGGUUUUGAAAUUCUAAAGAUUCUAGGCGUGAAGGUUGUAAGGCAUACUGUUCCCAAAUUUAACAGCGCUCCGUGUCAUAAUACUCCAGACCAUAAUGCUUCAGACUUUUGUUUUCUUAAUUUCUGAGAUUCCAGCGAUGGUCAGUUAAAGCCUCGGAGGCAUUAACAUCAUAGAUGCUUUUAUGUAAGAUCCUGCAUCUCAAGUAUGAUUCUAGAAUCUGAAACUCCAAAGCUUUAAGAGUCUCCAGCCUGAGUUUCUAAGCUAUGAUGUGAUGAUAACCUAGAAUGUGGUCCAAGGUUCUAGAUUCUCUCAGAUUCCACAUCAUAUGCUCCAGGGUUACAGAUCAUUAAACUCUAAAGCUCUAAUGAUGGCCUCCUCUUGAUCUCAGGCACUAUAUGAUGCUGUGGCUCCAAGACUCUGGGUCCUAAGAGGCUCACAGUUAAUUGUGACUAACCAGACACCAAAGUUCUAACCAUUUCUAAUGCUGGACACCUCUAGGUUCUGUGCUGCUUUCCGCCUUUCUAGCGCCUAAUUAAAGGUUGGAGAAUACAUAUUUCUAAACAUAUUAAGGCUCUAAGCACUAUAACUUAGGAAUCCAGGGUUCCUAGUGUCUAGGAUUCUGAAGGUCCACAGGUGUAGAAUGUUAGGUACGAAGCCAAGGUUGGAACCUCGUAGCAUUCUUCUCUAAGCCCUUUCCCUCCUUAGCCACCUAUGCUUCCUGCCCUCCUCGUGUGGGGUGCGCCCCACCUUAAUUAAGCCUGUGCAAUGCAUUGGGAAUGUCUUUCCUUCAAGUGACGGACCAUCUUCCCUGAUUUUGGGUCAUGUUGCCCCCUUGAGCCAGUCCCUCACCCCUGUCUAAAGUAUGGACUCUGGUGCCUCCAGAGAGGCUCAGACCACAUAAAAUUUUUGUCAAUCACC